UAAAAUCGCCAUAAAAUAUCCUCCCUAUAUUCUGUUCCAAAGUCUCAAACUUCCUCCGAUCAAAAUCAAAAUCCAAAACCCUAGAAAAUUCCCCAAAUCCGAUCGAGCAUGGGCAACACGGAGAAGCUGAUGAACCAGAUCAUGGAGUUGAAAUUCACCUCCAAGUCACUGCAGCGCCAAUCCCGGAAGUGCGAGAAGGAAGAGAAGGCCGAGAAGCUCAAGAUCAAGAAAGCCAUGGAGAAAGGCAACGUCGACGGCGCCCGGAUCUACGCCGAGAACGCCAUCCGCAAACGCACCGAGCAAAUGAACUACCUCCGCCUCGCCUCCCGCCUCGACGCCGUCGUCGCCCGCCUCGACACCCAGGCCAAGAUGACCACCAUCAACAAGUCCAUGGGCAAUAUCGUCAAAUCCCUCGAGUCCUCUCUCAACACCGGAAACCUCCAGAAGAUGUCGGAGACGAUGGACUCGUUCGAGAAGCAGUUCGUCAAUAUGGAGGUCCAGGCCGAGUUCAUGGAGAGCUCCAUGGCCGGCUCCACGUCGCUUUCCACGCCGGAAGGCGAGGUCAACAGUCUGAUGCAACAGGUGGCCGAUGAUUAUGGCCUCGAGGUCUCCGUGGGCCUGCCGCAGCCGGCGGCCCACGCCGUGCCGACCAAGGAAGCCGAAAAGGUCGAUGAGGAUGAUCUUUCCAGGAGGCUUGCGGAGCUCAAGGCUAGAGGUUAAUGUGGAGAUGAUUUCGGUGCGUACUUGAUGUAUAAUGCUGCUGCUUAUUCUGGUUUGUAGAAUUAUGAGCUCCGCUAUGAGAACUGUUUGGAAGGUUUCAACUUGAUACAUAUUUGUGUAUAAUUUGACGAAUUAAGUCGCUGCUGGCUUUGUUGCAUAUGUGUGUUUAAUCAUCUCAUUAGCAAUAUGGUUGAAUCUAUGUGUUUAUGUCGCU